AUGUUCGAUCAUAAUUAUAAAGGAAUUUGUGAAGAUCAGAAAAUUGAUUUGCUGCUUUGUUUAUUAAGAAGUGAUUGCUGUCAAAAGUUGAAGCAUACGCCUCGUGAGUGCCUAGAUUUAGAAAAGUUCCCCAGGGAGUGUUCCAUUGUAAGACACAAUUUUGAUCGUUGCCGAGCAGAGAUCCUUGACAAGCGCACCAGACUUCGGGGUCAUCGCUACGCUUCCGAUUAG